AUGGCACACGAAGAUGAGAGGAAUUCUGCAAUGGCUUCACCACUACUACCAGCCACCCAAAUUGAUCAAAACUGCCAAGAUUGCUGCCGUGUUAUGUUUUCGCCACGAUGCUUGUUGACUGUACAGUCUAUGCACGGUGUUCUUUUGGCAAUAUUUGCCGCCAUCUUGUAUUCUGCUGCACAUUAUUGCAUGCGAUUGGUUCAAGAAGUUGGGGGUGUUGGGCCAUUGCAGACGUCUUUCUUUAUAAACAUGGGGAUGAGCAUAUGCAUCAUACCAAUAAUAAUAUGCAAGUCAAUCAAUAUCAUGGGUGAAAGUCACAAAGAACGAGGAAUUUUAAUAACAAUCGCAGGUCUGUAUACAGGAUCACUACUUGCAUUAGUAAAGGCAUUAAUACUGGGAUCUAUCGGCAAUGUUACUGGAAUUUUACGCGGAACAAUGCCAAUUGUAACACCUAUACUGUCAAUGAUAAUACUCCGUGAAUCAUAUAAAAUCGUUGACGGUUUAGUAACUCUAAUUAGUAUUUGUGGUAUAUUGCUGAUGGCACGGGCACCAGAGAUAUUUGGAUUGGAAACUCAGUUUGAAGAAGUGGAUUCUCACGAACUUAGUGCGUAUAUGUUGACAGUAUUCGCUGGUACACAGAUGUCUCUCUGUGUUGUAUUAAUGAGGUAUUCGAAUGAAAAUGUUCUUGUAACACUGUGUUGGAUCAGUAUGUUUGGUUCUUUGUCAUUUUCAUUUUUUACCAUCAUAUUCGAAAUACCAAAAUGGGCUAUGGAUACAGAAACAGCAUUGGUAAUUGUGGGAAUGAUUAUUUCAACGUUAUUGGGAACAGUGUGUCGAAUAAAAGCGCUUCAUUUGAUAGAAGCCACACCAGUUAUUUUAUUGUCGAACUUGCAAAUAGUUGUAGCAUUUCUGUUACAAACGUAUGGGUUGCAUGACAAUCCUGAUUUUUACUCUAUUUUGGGGGCCGGUGUUAUUUUACUCGGGGGGACAAUAUGUGCUGUAAACACCUGGUGGAGGGACUAUCACCAUAAGUGA